CUUCACUGCCCUCUGACUACAAGCGACUGAGGAACUCAUCAUGCACUCAUCUUGCCUGCUGAAAAAGGUGCUGAACGCGCUAGCGUAGAGAUCUCAUUCACCAAUUAGAUACAUUCUUGGAGUUUUUGGAGUAAGACUAUUCAGCGCUCACCAAAACGAUUCUACAACAAAUGCUACAAUGUAAGCACUUAGGGCACACUACUCCGCAUGUAAGAUGUCAUUCUUGAUUCCCAUAACCUCCAGUCACAAAAUUUACCUAAGGGCAAAAUGGGAUAUGAACACACUGAUAGAAAAUGGGCUAUAUAUAUGAACCUUUGCCAGCCGGACCGUUCAUUCGGUUGCUACAGGUCGUCGACCUAGACCCCGCGAGUGGGCAAGCUGUGUGCGACUUCAACAUAGUCUGCUUGGACGGUAAGAGCGUUCCCGAAUACACCGCCGUCUCUUAUACUUGGGACCACCCCGCGACUCAUGUUAGUAGUAUCACCUUUUCGAAUAGCCCCUUAUCCUCCCUGCCACUGAGUCAGACCCUGCACGAUCUUUUCAAAGAGCUCCAGGCCCGCAACGAGCGCCGCGCAUUGUGGAUUGACGCGUUAUGCAUCGACCAAGGCAACGCGGCGGAACGGGCCGCGCAGGUUGCCAUGAUGGAUCGCGUCUUUUCAAGCGCCCGGCGCGUCAUGGUGUGGCUCGGGCCUAGCACGCCAGAAACUCACGAGGCAUUUCAAUUUGUAAAUUCCAAGCAGCAUCUCUCGUGCCCCACUGGAUGGGACUCUGUCCCCGACGCCGAUAUCGACGACUUGCGGGCAGGCCUCGAGUCCGUGCUGUCGGCGAUCUUGGCCCGCCCGUGGUUCCGGCGGAUAUGGGUGGUUCAGGAGGCGGCGCUGAACCGCAGCGUACAGGUGGUCUGCGGCAGCGACAGCACGGGAAUCGGUGCACUACAGAGCUGUGUCCUGGCCCUUUGGAAGUUUGCAGUGGACUGGGAGCCGUUUGACGUUGAACCUACCGUUCUGGGCCUGUGGUGUGUCACGCGGCUUCUCGCUAUCCGCGACGAGUUCCUGGAGCGUGGCUCGGUGCGGAUUGAGAAGCUGCUGCAGCAAGCGUACUGCUGCGAUUGCACCGACCAGCGAGACGCCGUGUUCGCCUUCCUGGGGCUCGCCGACAAGCAAUUAGCAUUACCGGCGCCGGACUACACCGUGCCCAUAGGUGAUGAGCCCGAGUACGCCGCCGCCGUUGAUCGUGUCUACUACGACACGGCAGUCGCGCUGCUGUGCCACGGGCCGUCCCUGGACGCUCUAGCACUAGCCGGGAUCACGCUAAGCCACCGAAGCGGGGUGCCGAGCUGGGUCCCGGACCUGCGGUACGUCUGUUUUGAAGACCCCUUUACUACGGUCGACAAAACGCACUGGAACGCCGGCGGUCCCAUAGCCGGUAAUGCGGAACUCGUUGCGCCUGGGAAGCUUAAGGUGCACUGUUCCGUCUUUGAUACUGUCGACACGCUAUGUGCCAAGUUUGAUGGGACUGAUGUCCCGGCAUACCAGGAGGCGAUGCGGGAUGUGCUGGCGCUGGCUUCGAAAUUGCUCAAGCAGCCGAUAUCUAUCUCACCCUCUUCCCGUGCUAUAAACGACAAAAACGAUGGUGAUGCAGAAGAGGAAGAAAGAAACGAUGUGUUGCUUGACCGGCUGGUUUCGAUACUGACGUUCGGGCUCGGCGUCGACGGUAAGCCAAUAGGGCCCGAAUACCGGGGCUUUUUCGACGAUUGGCUGCGGUGGCUACAAACCAACCCGGCCGACGCGGACUUUAGCGAGAUUCACGGCAACGCCUUCUAUCGCGCCCUGUACACGCGCCUCGAGGGGUGGAGGGUGUUUGGCACGGGCCGUGGUUUCUUUGGCAUUGGGUCGUCGCAAGUUGAAGUUGGCGACAAAGUCUGCAUUGUGCCAGGCUGCCGAUUUCCAUUGUUGAUAAAGCCUAAGCAGGGGUUUCAAGGUCCAGUACCCUCCACAGAGGCUCUUCUUGUUUACUGGUGCUAUGUUGAUGGGUUGAUGGAUGGUGGAUGGCUUGAUACGCAUCAUGCUGAUAUCGAGUUGAUACUCUGCUGAGAGGUCGAGAGGCUACCAGUAGCGUGAUAUUUAAUGAGCUUCAACAGCUGGCACAUACGAAGCAUUGCAUGCAGUAGAUCUUGGAUAUUCUUUACGCGGCGACUUGUUUGACUAUUAUACGGGGUUCGAGUUGUCGGCGUUGGGUGUCGGUUCUGAACGUUUUCAGACUUGAACUGAGAUAAACUUCAAAUGAGUAAUGAAUCUUAAGGGCUUUAGAACGUUUUAAUAUCUCCUACUUAUCCUACUUAUAAGGUUAACUUCGAUUUAGUCUAGGUUACUACCCAUCCCCGAUAAAUGGUAGGAAUUUGUUCACCGAUUCAUAGGUAUUAGCCGGCUGAAGGCGCAAAGAUAUGAAGUCCUCAAUGUAUAAGAA